GUUCAAGCUAAAAUUAGACCAGUUUUGACGGUUCGAACGUUUUUGAAGGGUGAUUAGCACGUGCGCGCUCUUUGUUUAUGUUUCGCUUGUUUUCGUUAUCCGUAAACAAAACAAGUAACAUGAACAAGUCGCGUAAUUUUAAAAAGAAAAAUCACCGGAAUCAAACGAACACCGGCCGGAAUCGUAACCUAGCGGAAAAGCUUUCCGAACUGGCAGUCGAAUCCAGCCCGUCAUCGGAAGAUUCAGAAGCGGAAAGCAACAGCAGUGAUGGCGAUGGAGGAAGCGGAUCCGAGGGCACCUCCCCAAAAGAUAAGUUCGAUCUGGGGAAGCCACCAAAGUUUCCGGUCAGUAUGUGGGAUCUGAACCAUUGUGAUCCGAAAAAGUGCUCCGGCCGGAAGCUGGCCAGACACGGACUGAUCGAAAAUCUGAGACUUGGACAGAAGUUCCCCGGUCUAGUGCUAACUCCCGUUGGUGUCAACUGUGUCAGUCCGCAGGACAAGGAAAUCAUCCAAAGUUCGGGAAUAGCCGUCGUGGAUUGUUCGUGGGCCCGGCUGGAUGAAACCCCCUUCAACAAGAUGAAAUCUCCCCAUCCGAGGUUACUUCCGUUCCUGGUCGCCGCCAAUCCGAUCAACUACGGCAAACCCUGCAAGCUGUCUUGCGUGGAGGCGAUAGCUGCUUCGAUGUACAUCACCGGUUUCAAGGACGAAGCCCUGUGGUACCUGAAUAAGUUUUCCUGGGGCCACUCGUUUGUGGAGCUGAACCAGGAACUGCUGGAUUCGUAUGCCGCCUGUGGCAGUAGUAAGGAAAUCUUAGAAGUGCAGAACAAAUAUCUGGAGAAGGCUCAAGAAGAGCAGAACAAUCGAAAGUACGAACUGGAUUUGCCUCCUAGUGAGAGCGAAGAAGACGAUGAUGAGGAUGAAAAUAAAUGAAAUUUAGCGCUA